AUGGCUCUUCAUAUUCAUGAAGCUUGCAUACUUCUGUUGGUCAUCCCCGGAUUGGUCACCUCUGCUGCCAUCAGUCAUGAAGACUAUCCUGCUGAUGAAGGUGACCAGACUUCCAGUAAUGACAAUCUGAUUUUUGAUGACUAUCGAGGGAAAGGGUGUGUGGAUGACAGCGGCUUUGUAUACAAGUUGGGAGAACGAUUUUUCCCAGGGCAUUCCAACUGUCCAUGUGUCUGUGCUCUGGAUGGACCUGUUUGUGACCAGCCAGAAUGCCCUAAAAUUCACCCAAAGUGUACUAAAGUGGAACACAAUGGAUGCUGUCCUGAGUGCAAAGAAGUGAAAAACUCUUGUGAAUAUCAUGGGAAAAAUUACAAAAUCUUGGAGGAAUUCAAGCCCUCUCCAUGUGAAUGGUGUCGCUGUGAGCCCAGCAAUGAAGUUCACUGUGUUGUAGCAGACUGCGCAGUUCCUGAGUGUGUCAACCCAGUCUAUGAACCAGAACAAUGUUGUCCUGUCUGCAAAAAUGGUCCAAACUGCUUUGCAGGAACUACAAUCAUUCCGGCUGGCAUUGAAGUGAAAGUGGAUGAAUGUAACAUCUGUCACUGUCACAACGGGGACUGGUGGAAGCCUGCUCAGUGUUCAAAACGCGAAUGCCAAGGCAAGCAGACUGUGUAG